CUUCGCUACCUCUCGUCUGAAGAAAGUAUUUGUCCAUGGAAUCCUGUUGUGGUUUGCUCCUCCGCUCUGCCCUGCAAGCUCUUCUGCUGUGAAGAGGUUGCUUCCGGUAGCGAGGGUGACCCGCCGCGUCCUUUGGGGUAUAUAUAGGCGCCGGUGUUCAGGCAACGGCUGUCACGGGGUACUUGCAUCGCGUACUAUAAAGACAACGUAGAUGCACAGCACACAAUAUAUAUGAUGUAUGUAGAUACAAUACAUAUGUCUUUCGGUACCCGCUGGCAAUUUUUGACGUGGUAGAGGAGCGUGCCUUGGAAGCCAGCCAUCUCUCUAGCCGGUACCGGGUUUGCCACGAUGUGUCAUCUCGGUCUCGCCCUCUCGUCUUGAAGAGUAGCAUUUUUCCUUCGAUGGCGUUUCUCGGUUGCGAACAUGGAGGGUUUCAACGGCUUUGUGUGCAUGUGCGCCUUCCUGGUGGUGUGUUUUCCCCUGGCGAGGAACGCCGGCCACGGCCGCCCCGUGCAUUGGGGACCGAAACGGACGAUCCAGGAAGGCCGUCAAGAACUACACCGCCUCAAAUCCCUCGAGACCGAGUGUCGCCAUGCCACCCAGGCGGUCGUUGUGGUCGAUGCAGGCAGCUCGUCAACGCGUCCGAUUCUUUUUCGAAUGCGGAUGGUUUCCUGUCCGCUUUCACAACUCAGAGUGAUCCCUGAGUCCAUUCGCCACGUCGCGAACGGGAUCCGCCGCACGGGUCUUCGCGAGGUGUUGGAGAACUGGCAGGACCGAUCGUGCAGACGGCAGGUACCGUCUCCAAGGUUUUGGGGUACCGCAUGGGCUUCUUGGAUGGAGGCGCAUCUGUCGGAAGAGGAAAAGGUCCAGGUUAAGGCGCUGGGUAUGCCCUUCACCUUCUACAGUACUGCCGGUGUACAUGACUUCCAAGACUGGUACCGCGACCGGUUCUGCCUCGCGCUGCGCCAGUCGAUCAACAACAACACAAACGAGUUCCACUACAAACUCUUGACGAGUUCCGAACUGACGCGCGCCAUCACUGGAGCCGAGGAAGCCUUCUUCGCCUUCUUCGCGGUCAACCACCUGACUGGCCGCCUCACUCACAGCGGACACACCCACCACGAGGAGGCGGAGCAGCCCGACGUUUUGCCGUCUUCUGUCAAGGCCGUGAAUCUCCAGCGCGAGCGCUUCCUCCCCAAGAGAUACCCCAGUGCAGACGUCAUUUCCGUCUCGUUCAUGCACCUUGGCGUGGACAGCUCCACGGGCCUCUUUCUGAAGCAACUGUGUAGUGACGAGGAGUUUCUCAUCGACGGCGUCUGCUCCUGGCCGAUGAUGAUCAACUUGCUCAAUCUCGAGAUGAAGAAGCUCCUCUCCACCGACCGCGACAUCUGCCAGUUCAUGGCAGUCAGCGCCCGGCUGCUGCAGCUCAUGGAAGAGGCCGAAGGCCACCCGGCGUCGAUCAAGGGGGAGAAGAGUGUGAGAGACGAGAACGGCCAGCACGUUGCAGAUCUUGGCUGGCCGCUUGGUGCAGUUUUGCAGCAGGUCUUGGACGCGGAGACCUGGGGCCAUAUGGUGUUCGAGUCCGACUGGAUCCACAACGUGGGAUGCGAUUGGCUAUUAUCCGGGUUCCAUUCGAGAUCGAACUCCUGGGCACAUUAAGCAAAGAAAAACUUCGAGGGAAGUCCAUGUGCGUUGCAGUUGCAGCGCCUUCCCAGUGUAUUGUAGAUGUGAUCUGAAACAUUUUUGCCCUGCUGCAAAGGUCGGACAUGCAUAAGAGGUAGACGUGCGCCGCCCGGCGCAUCUGUGCAGCGUCUGAUUUAUCUGAAGAGACGGUUUUUAUUGGUUCCGUAGACUUCUACUUUAGCGAUCCCCCAUCAUAGUUACGUAGGUUUCUGCCAGUUGCUAUAUGCCGGUUUCAAAAGUUUCUGUGUGUCUCUUUUUGAAGUGGAAAGGGUGCUUUGUUUCCGUUUACCCGUAUGUUCUCGUCGCUUUGCCAACACCGCAGAAGGUUCGCGUGAUCUGUCGAUGUCCCUGCUGGUAUACUCAGUUUUCGUUGUUUUGUGUUUUCGGUUUCUCUUUGGCUGGUUCGCAAUGCCCAGGUAGUUUACAUUGUAUAAAGAGUUAAAUGUGGUUAUGCACGGUUUGUCUUCGGUUUAUUCACCAGGAGACUCGUCAUUUGAGCCGAGCGUGUGGUUGUUAAUUGUCAGUCUUCGUCCGCUUUCAACAGUUUAAGAAAACAGCCAAAUAGCUGGUGCAGGU